AUGACUAUCUCGCUCCCAACUCCUGUUUCACCCGACUGUCUAGCGUGUAUCUGCAAGGUCGAAUCCGGGUGUACAAUACCUGAUCCUGUUUGUCAUGAUGAUGUUGGCUCACUUUCAUGCGGCCCAUACCAGAUAAAAGAAGCAUACUGGAAUGAUGCGCGGUUAAGAGGAGGUGAACUCAAGGGCUCUUGGAUGAAUUGCACGGCUGAAUUUGAAUGCAGCGAGCAGGCGGUACAAGGCUACAUGGCGCGGUAUGCUACUUUCCAACGCCUCGGACGUCAACCAACUUGCCAGGAUUUCGCCCGUAUACACAAUGGUGGUCCAGAUGGCUAUGACGAAGAUGGUACCUUGGGAUAUUGGGAAAACGCUUUUGGUCGUUAUGAAGAGUGCCGAUGUGCAGCAGGUGAACCACACAAAUGGGGAGAAGAGGAAGAA